CCGCCUUCACUGCAUUGAAACUUGCCACGUCUGGACCGAGGCGAGCUGCAUCUCUUGUGACUGCCUGGUUCCAGUCCCAUCGAGCCACUCUUUGGUUGCCCCGCUUUGUCUAACCCCCUUUGCCCACCAAAUCCCCAAAUCCCCAAAUCCCCAAAUCAACACCAUGAAGGCUGUACAUUUCGGAGCCGGUAACAUCGGCAGAGGGUUUGUUGCUGAAUUCCUCCACAACUCGGGGUACGAGGUCGUCUUCUGCGAUGUGAUGGACAGCAUUAUCGACCAGCUGCAAGCAUCGAAAUCCUACAAGGUCAUCCAGGUAGGAGCCGAGGGCAACAGCGAGUCGGUCAUCACAAAUUACCGGGCCAUCAACUCGAAAACCCACGAAGCCGACGUCAUCAAGGAAAUCACCACUGCAGACAUCGUCACUUGCUCAGUUGGCCCAAAUAUCCUCAAGUUUAUCGCCCCUGUCAUCGCAAAGGGAGUUGAUGCACGACCAAACGAAGCCACACCAAUCGCCGUAAUUGCGUGUGAAAACGCGAUUGGCGCAACGGACACACUGGCCGAACACAUCAUGCACCCCAAGUGCACGCCAGAACACCGACUCGACGACCACCACGAGCGAGCCAGAUAUGCAAAUUCUGCCAUCGACCGCAUCGUUCCUGCACAAGAUCCCGGCGCUGGCCUCGACGUGAAGCUCGAGAAGUUCUACGAAUGGGUCGUCGACAAGUCGCCCUUCCACGACCACGAACCCCCCGCCAUCAAGGGAAUCAAGUGGGUUGACGACCUGAUCCCAUAUAUCGAGCGAAAGCUGUUCACCGUCAACACCGGCCACGCUGCCGCAGCGUACCACGGAUAUUACCACAAGAAGACCACGGUGUACGAUGCGCUACAGGAGCCAGUCAUCAUGGACGAGGUCCGCAAGGCAUUGGCCGAGACAAGUACGCUGAUCGUAGGAAAGCACGGCAUCGACGAACAAGAACAGAAAGACUACGUCGACAAGAUCAUCACUCGUAUUGGCAACCCUCAUCUUGAGGAUGCCGUCGAGCGUGUUGGCCGUGCUCCCCUACGAAAACUCAGUCGCAGGGAGCGAUUCAUCGGCCCUGCUGCCGAACUUGCAGAGGACGGGAAAGCCUUCGGCGCCCUUCUUGACGCGGCGGAGAUGGCUUUCCGCUUCCAGAAUGUGGAAGGUGAUGAUGAGAGUGCGGAGUUGGCCAAGAUCAUGAGCUCAAAUGCUCCUGAGGCGGUUGUCGAGAAGGUCUGUGGCUUGACGGCUAGUGAUAAGUUGUUCCCGCACGUCGUGGAAAUCGUGAAAAGGGUUCAAGCAGAAGCAUAGAGAGCGUUCAUUCGAUCUUGCUAUGUUUUACGGCGAAUACGGGAGGAUAUUGGGGCGUUUUAUUGCGAUGUAUCUCAACCUCGAUUGGAUCAGGUUGUGUUAGCGUCUCAAGCCCUUCGAGGACAGCAGCGGCUGGCAAAAAAUAUAAAGAAUGAUCAACAUAACUUGAUAUUGUCUUCUGC